AUGGAGGCGUUCGGCAAUGCUAAGACCACUCGAAAUGAUAAUUCUUCUCGUUUUGGAAAGUACAUCGAGAUCAUGUUCAACAAAGAAAUCGAUAUUGUGGGCGCGAAAAUCAGAACAUAUUUGUUGGAGCGUUCAAGAUUGGUGUAUCAACCCGCUACCGAGCGAAAUUACCAUAUCUUCUAUCAGUUGAUUGCUGGAGCAUCUGAUGAGGAGAAGAAGGAACUGGGAUUGCUUCCGGUGGACUACUAUGAUUACUUGAAUCAAGGAGGAGACCCUAUUAUCCCCAAUGUCGACGAUGCUGCCGAAUUCAAAUUAACUCGGGAGGCUCUUGGAACUAUUGGCGUUUCGGAAGUGACUAUGGCUAGAAUUUGGAAGGUUUUGGCAGCUUUGCUUCAUUUGGGUAACACUAAGAUUGAAGCAUCUCGGAAUUCGUCUGUACUUCUAACAACAGAUCCCGCUUUGGUUAAGGCUUGCGAGCUUUUGGGUGUUAAUGCUGAGGAGUUUGCUAAGUGGACAACAAAGAAGCAAUUGGUCAUGCGAAAUGAGAAGACAAUUUCUCCCCUUAGUCAGAAGCAAGCUCUUGUUGUUCGUGACUCGAUAUCGAAAUUUAUCUAUUCGAGUUUAUUCGAUUGGCUUGUUGAGGUUAUCAAUAACGGCUUGGCUGCCGAAGGGGUUAGGGAGAAAGUGAAAUCUUUUAUCGGUGUUUUGGAUAUCUACGGUUUUGAGCAUUUCAAGCGUAACUCUUUCGAGCAAUUUUGCAUCAAUUACGCAAAUGAAAAGCUCCAGCAAGAGUUUAAUCAGCAUGUUUUCAAACUAGAGCAAGAGGAGUAUGCGAGGGAACAAAUUAAUUGGGCGUACAUUGAGUUCUCCGACAAUAGACCUUGCAUCGAGCUUAUUGAAGCGAAGUUGGGUAUCCUGUCUCUUCUAGACGAGGAAUCUCGUCUCCCCGCUGGAGCAGACGAAACCUUUGUUGAAAAACUUCACCAGAACUUCGCGGCUGGUAGACCAAAGGGUUUCCCUUAUCAGAAACCGAGAUUCGGGAAAACGUCUUUUACUGUUUGCCAUUAUGCUGUUGAUGUCACAUACGACUCCGAUGGAUUUAUUGAAAAGAAUAGGGAUACUGUGCCAGAUGAGCACCUUGAGUUGUUGAAGGCAUCAACCAACCCGUUCCUUACUGAAGUUAUUCAAUCUGCUACAUCACUUAGAGACAAGGAGAAUGCUCCUGUGCCCAAAACGACUCCUGGCCCAGCUGCUAGAAGGGCGGGGGGUAUGGCCAACCGUAAGCCAACAUUGGGAGGAAUCUUCAAGUCAUCUCUCAUUGAUCUUAUGGGCACAAUCGGAUCGACAAACGUGCACUACAUCCGUUGCAUCAAGCCGAAUGAAGCAAAGGUAGCUUGGAAGUUUGAAGGUCCAAUGGUCUUGAGUCAAUUGCAGGCCUGUGGUGUUUUGGAGACCGUGAAGAUUAGUUGUGCUGGGUAUCCUACUAGGUGGACUUAUGAGGAGUUUGCCAGUCGUUACUAUAUGUUGGUUCAUUCUAGCAAUUGGAAGGAUAAAUUCCAACUUGGAAUGUCGAAGAUUUUCUUCAGAGCUGGCAUGGCAUGUAUUCCUACAGCUUUGGCCUAUCUUGAAAACCUGCGGACAACUCGCCUGAACAAAUGCGCGAUAUUGAUCCAGAAGAAUUUGAAAAAGAAAUAUUAUCGACGCAAGUACCUUGAGGCCCGUGAAUCGAUACUCAAGCUCCAGGCAUGGGCUAGAGGGUGCCUUGCUCGCAAAGAGGCCCAAGCUAUGCGUGUAGUUAAGGCUGCUGUUACUAUCCAGAGGGUCUGGCGUGGUUCUAAAGAGCGCAAGGCGUUCAAUAGAAUUCGUAACAGUGUUAUUCUUGCUCAAGCAGCUGCUAAGGGUUACCUAUGCCGAAAGUCUAUCACUGAUCGUAUGCUCGGAAAUGCCGCACGAUAUAUCCAGAAGGCUUGGAGGUCAAGGCGCUUCUUACAAGCUUGGAGGACAUAUCGCAAGAGGUGUGUCUAUAUACAGAGUGUUUGGCGUGGUAAGAUAGCUCGAAGGCAAUACCGAAAAAUGCGCGAGGAAGCCAGGGAUCUCAAACAAAUCUCUUAUAAGCUUGAGAACAAGGUUGUCGAGCUUACUCAAACGGUAGGGAAGCUUAAGCAGGACAACAAGGCUCUCCUAGAAAAGGUGGAAAGCUUCGACAAUCAAGUGAGGAACUGGAGAACUAAGCACGCUACUUUGGAAAACCGUAACAAGGAACUGCAAAUCGAAGCCAACCAAGCCGGUAUUGCAUCUGCUCGUCUCUCGCAGAUGGACGAGGAGAUGAAGUCACUUCAGCGGCAAUUUGAGGAGUCAACGGCAAACAUGAAGCGGCUCCAAGAGGAAGGGAAGUCUCUACGCGCCGCUCUUUCUAAGAGAACAUCGGAGCUUGAUAUUCUCAAGUCGCGUGACCAAGUGCAUGAGGAUGAAAAGAUGUCUUUGAGGCAACAGAUCCAGGCUUUAGAAGAUCAACUACAAAAUGCUGGGCCACCCGUGGAAGAGAAUGGACAUGUGGAGAAAGUGCCGGCUGGUCUUGCCAAUGGUAUCAUAAAUUUCGUCUCUAAUAAGAAACCUAAGAGGCGAAGCGCUGAGGUUAACCGAUUCGAAAACGAUGGGAUGUACCGGUCUUCUUACCAAGCUCGCCCUGUCUCUAUGAUGCCUACAACGGCCCCUAUUAGGAAUAGGGAUCUGGACGCGCUCACUUUCAGUCCUGUGGUAGACAAUACGGAAUACGAGCUGCAAAGGUUGCUUGAAGAAGACGAGGCAUUGAGUGAAGAGGUGGCUAUGGGUCUUAUUCGGAAUCUUAAGAUUCCAUCACCUAGUAGUCAGAAUACGUUAGUUGAGAAGGAGGUUUUAUUCCCAGCGUAUCUCAUCAACGUUGUUACUUCCGAAAUGUGGAACAACGGAUUUGUGAAGGAGUCCGAACGAUUCUUAGCCAACGUCAUGCAGUCUAUUCAACAUGAAGUUAUGGCACACAAUGGCGAUGAUGCCGUUAAUCAAGGUGCAUUCUGGUUGUCCAAUGUCCAUGAGAUGCUCUCUUUUGUCUUCCUCGCCGAGGACUGGUAUGAGAUGCAAAAGAAGGACGACUACGAGUAUGAUCGUCUAUUGGAAAUUGUCAAGCAUGAUUUGGAGAGUCUCGAAUUUAACAUUUACCACACUUGGAUGAAAGUCUUAAAGAGGAAGCUGCAUAAAAUGAUUGUUCCAGCAAUCAUCGAAUCGCAAUCCCUUCCCGGUUUCAUCACAAAUGACGGUAAUAGGUUCCUGAACAAGUUCCUUACGACUUCGAGUGCCCCCCAAUAUAGCAUGGAUGAUCUCUUGACCCUGCUGAAUAAGGUUUACAAGGCCCUACGGGGAUAUUUCAUUGAAGAGUCAAUUAUUACGCAAGCAGUCACUGAGCUGUUGAAACUUGUUGGCGUUACCGCGUUUAACGAUCUUCUUCUAAGGAGAAACUUCUUGUCGUGGAAGCGUGGGCUCCAGAUCAAUUAUAACAUCACUCGUAUUGAAGAAUGGUGUAAGAGUCAUGACAUGCCCGAGGGUACGCUUCAACUAGAACACUUGAUGCAAGCUACAAAGUUACUUCAACUCAAGAAAGCGACUCUCAAUGAUAUUGAGAUUAUUCAAGAUAUCUGUUGGAUGCUUUCACCAAACCAAAUACAGAAGUUACUGAACCAGUACCUGGUAGCUGAUUACGAGCAGCCGAUCAAUGGAGAGAUUAUGAAAGCCGUUGCAUCCAGGGUCACCGAGAAGAGUGACACACUCCUACUUCAGGCAGUGGAUAUGGACGACAGCGGGCCAUAUGAGAUCGCUGAGCCACGAGCUAUCACCGCACUAGAAACCUACAUCCCUUCAUACCUACAAACUACUAGGCUAAGGCGACUAGCAGAAAUUGUUUCUGCCCAGGCCCAGGCACGCGUUGAAGCAGAGCGAGUGCGAGAGGGGGUAGACGAUUCGGAUGGGGAUACCAAGACUCCAAUUCCCACCGAACUUGAGCCAGUGCAUGAAUAA